CAACUAAACGUCAAACGUCAAUUAAAUAAAAACAAAAUUUUCACAAAGACGACCCUUUCCAACUGCGCAAAAUUACAUUUUAAUUUUUGAAUUACCUCCUUUACCAAUAUGAAUGUGCGCGAAGAAGAACGCCAGAAGAACGCAUGUCCUAAUCGAGGCUUAGGACUAGCGGCUGCGGCCAUUGGCGUUGGAGUUGGGGCUGCUCUGUACUACUUCUUUAGUAAAAGGACUGAAAAUCCGAAUGGUGAAGGUUCCACAUCAGUCUGGAACACCGAGCAAACUCAUGCCUUUGAUACAUCAUUGCUCGAAGAUUCAGAUGCUUACACUACCCUCUCAGAACACAGCACCACAGAUACAAGCAUGGAAGAGACAGAUAAUGGAGAUUCAUACACAAAUUCGUCUAAUUCAUCUAAUGAGUCACUCAAUUUAUCAGAAACAAGCUUUCAAACUUUGUCCAGUCACCAAAGUACAGAUAAUAUAUUAAAUUCAACAAUAGAUUUGUCGUCUGAUACUGAUAUUACGGAUUGGGACGUCACAAGUUCGUCUUUAGAUGUGCCCGAGGAUGUAAGGUCACCGGCAAUUAUGUUUCUCAAUCUGUUUCGCAAUCUAUCACCAGCAAGAAAUGUGGCGCAGGAUAGAGUUACCACUAUAAGAGAUCAGGCGUUCCGCGAACGUUCGUGGUCCCUGGAAGAAUGCUCUAUUUGUUUUGACGUGAUCCUGAAAAACCAGCAGGUGACAACCCUACCCUGCACCCAUCACUUCCAUUCUGAUUGCAUCGCGCCCUGGCUACAGGAGCAGCAGACAUGUCCCAACUGCAGAAAGUCGGCCGAAUGAUGAGCUUAUUGUAUGCAAAACUUGUUUCAGAAACCAUAACCUUCGUGUGAAUUGGUGAUAAUCACGCGGCAGGUCCGUGUCACGCUGAUUGGUAGGGAUCUGAAGACGGACAGAUACAAUAUCUACCGCACCGCUAACACCCGGCAAGCUGACGUUCAUUGAAAUGUGAGCUUUAAUGCGUCCACUGUAGAUAUACCUUACAUUGACAAGACGCGAGCUGACGGCGGCCAGUCCGCAAAUUUGUAGUCAAUUUAAAGUGUGUCUUCAGUGGACGCUUUAAAACUCAAUUUUCAAUUGACGUCAUCUUACACGGUGGGAGCGGUGAGGUAUAUAUGUAUAUGCAAUGACCAAUCGGGUACGUUUAUGCAAUAGUCUUGAAUUUUAAUAUAAUGUAUCUUGCUAAAGCAAAUUUUGGUAAUCUAGUAAUUUGUCCAGAGUGCGCCAACGAACGCCAACUAAUAUUUCUAUCUCUUUUUAACAAUAUAAAGUGUAAUUACUUAAAAGAAGAAGUGAGUUAAAUAUAAUUAUCUUUUAUUUGCAUUUGCACUGAAAAUAAAUCGUUUCUUUGUCUUCCGUAUUCCGUAUGCUGCGGUUGUAUGCUUUCCGUAUGCUCUUUCCAUUGUAUGAUUUCAGUCGACUGUGUUACUGUUAGAAAGAGGUAGAUAUACAUUCCUUGGCGUUCGCAGACUAGUGUUGUUACAGUUUAUCGAUAGUAUCGUGUUACUGUCGUUGCUUCAAUGAUCAAUUUAUCGAUAGUGCAACAAAAGAAUGGUGAUAGUUGAAUAUUCAGUUUAGAGUUUACGAAAAUAUUUUUUAUACUUGUAAAAUAUAAAAACGUUAUAAAUAUAGCACAAUAAUAUUUUCACCUGUUAAAUAAAAUAUAUUACAAAUGUUGAUUAUAAAGUUACCUCCACACAGAAGUUUGAAAAUUUUAUGCAAAAUUUGUUGAUACGCUGCGGCCACGCUUUCAUUACGAUCCGUAAAUUUUCUUGAGGAAGGAAUCGUUUCCGAAAUCAUUCACAAAAUUGACAUUACCACAGUACAGAUUAAUUACUUUAAAGAUAGUAGUACAGAUUAAUUAGUUUACAGAUAGUAAAACUAAUUCUUUUCUUUGUUAAAAUUAGAGAAAUUGUAAUAACAGCGCGGCCGCAGCGGUCGAAUCGCUCUGAGGACCAUACUAUUUGUUACAAUUGUUAAAUAGAAUGUAAUUGCUGCGCCUUGUUAUUGUUAUCCUUGGCGGUAUCUGUUCUUCAAAUUCCUAACAAUCUAUUACUGUACAUAAAAUUAAGUAGGUAGUCGAAAAUUUAAAAUAAUAUUACUAAUAAGGUAGUUGAAAACAGUCAAUGACGGCUGUUUUUAUCUUUUUAACCGACUUCAAAAUAAGCAAGGCUCAAUUCGUGGCGAUAUUUUUAUGUAUACUCGAAUAGACGUAGAGUCAGAGCAAGGAUAUCGCGAGAAGAUCUCAACUUUCAACAUUAUGACCUGAUUUUAAUUUUGACAGAAAGGGAGGUUUGAAUAAAUAAGGUGUAGGCUUUUGCCCAGCAGUGGGAGACGUUAUCUAUAGGCUAAUUAUGUAAUUUUUAUCUUAUAAAUAGCAUAUUAUGACUAUUUAUCUUAAUAACAACCCCUCUAAUUAAUGCACUCAAUUAUUCGUCAAAAAGAUAAAUUAGAAAAUAUGUUUGACCCAAUAUCAAGGGCGUGAUUUUGUAGUUUUUAUUCUAUCUAACGCAUAAUAUCUAGUCUCCAUUUGAAUGUAUAAAAGUGAGUGUUAUUGAUCGAUAGUCAGCCAUCUAUAGCGAUUAAUAAUAUAGCGAUUAUUAAUUAUAUAAAAGCAAUGUAUAAUAUCGAUAGUUUUGCAUCCUAUUGAUUGUGUCUCGAUUCAUAAUAAUCUCAUAUAGGCGGUUUCGGUACAAUACUAGUCUAUCGAUAGUACCGAUAAUGUUUCUCUACAAUAUUGAUUGUGCAAAACUAUCGAUAGUCUACUCGUCAUCACGGUUCGAUAGUAUCUGUAGCAUUGUUCUUCAUCAAUAGUAUUGCUCCAAUAGCUAUUGAUAGUGUACCUAUCAGUAGGAAGGCCUUAUUCGAUUGUAACUAUCUGUCUGUCAAACUAUACGAUAGUUUGGCUCGUUAAUAUCGAUAGCUUUGUAAACACAAAAACAGUGUUGUGCACACGUGACACUCAGCAAUAGUGCUGUCGAUAAAAUCGUUGUUAUCGAUCGUUCAUACAUUGAAUGUUGAUUACUAUAACAAUGGCCAUAAAGUCAAACAUUGAUUGAUAAUAAUUAAUAUUGAAUUCUAACGUGUUUCUGUUAUGUCGGUAGUUCUAAUGAUAUUCUAAUUUGUUUCCGAGGUCUUGAUGAUAGUCUGGUACUGUCGAAUUUUGGUCGUUGUCAGCAUUGCCAGACGUUUAGAUUUUGGCGGGACGUCCCGAUUUUUUACUCCAGAAAUGACUAUUGAAAAACACAACUACGACCUAGUUUGGCACAAUAGGUAAUUUAAAUUUUAAAUAAAAUUUUGCAAUGGUGUUUUUAUUUAAAAAAAAACUAUUAAUUUGCGUCUGUUUACAUCAUGUCUCGCGUUCGACGAAAUUACCCAUUAGGCAUCAAAAUCCCGCCCAAAAAUAAUCUGGACAUGCUGAUCACUAUCGCCAUUGUUGUUUUAAUGUAACCAAUAGCAUAAUUUUUGUAUGUUGUUUCAAAUUAUAGUUUAAUUAUUAAUAAUUGACAGUAGUAAUGUAGAAUCGUUUUAUCUUAGCGGAAAAUACGCACGAUUGCAUAAAAUAAAAUAGUUGUUUGGUCUUUAUACAUAUUAUGAUUUGACAGAUUUGUUUUUUCUAAAAGUGCGAGAAAAACCUAUGUCUUUUGCAACCACUUUUAUUUACAAAAGAUAAUUAAAUGUCAUGGUGUUUAAUAAUUUUUAGUUUGAAAUGAUCUUGACUUUUUAAUAUUUUCAAUGAUAUAAUUGAUAAUUUGUGAAAACAAUGCUAUUUUAGGACGUAUUUUUAGAUUUUUCAAUAAAAUUUCCUAAAAUUC